AUGGCGGUUGAGUUGUUUUUCCCAAAGGGUCCUCUUCUGGUAAAAGAUGAGUACGACUACGACAACCAGCAGUCCCACUCCAGCUCCGAGUCCCACCUCCAGACCAUCCAGCAUCCGCCAUCGAGACCUGGACCAGCGGAGACCUUCGGCUCUCCUGCUCUGCUGCCUCCUUCAGACGGCAGCAGCUCGGCCUCCACCUCAGCCUUCUCCACCAUCACAGCUGGACCAUCGAAUUCCACCCCCGGCUGGAGCAGAGGCAGUAGCUUCACCCCAGCGGUGCCCCAACAUCAGAACGGUCACCUGCAGCACCACCCUCCGAUGCCGCACACGGGACACUACUGGUCCGUCACCAACGAGAUCUCCUUCCAGCCGCCCAUCUCCAAUCACCCUGGUCCGGUGUCUGUGGAGGUGGACUGUUGUGUUGUUGUGUUUGUGAUGAAGUCCGUUGUGCCGCAGACGCCCACUCUGCUGCUGACGCCCAGUCCUCUUCUGUCCAACAUCCACUUCUGGUCCACGCUCAGUCCAGUCGCUCCUCUGAGUCCCGCCACCCGCCGCCAAGGAGCCCACCUGUUCCAGUUCCCUUCCGUGCUCACGCCCUCGUUCCAGAUUCCCAUCCACAGUCUUGACGGGACCAACACGCCGGGCCCCAUCUCUCCAGCCCCUUAG